CCCCACCUGACUCUGCAUGGCCAAGAUAGGCAUCUUUAGACAAGGUGUCAUUCUACACAAGAGGUGAAGAAACAGCUUUUUACCUGUUGAAGUUGGCUGAAAAAAAUACAAGAUAAUAUGCAGGUGUCAUUGGCAGAAGCCUUAGAGGUUCGAGGUGGACCUUUACAGGAGGAAGAAUUAUGGGCUGUGCUGAACCAAAGUGCAGAAAGUCUCCAGGAGCUGUUGCGGAAAGCUGAUCCUACGGCUCUUGGAUUUAUCAUCUCUCCAUGGUCACUUCUGUUACUGCCGUCUGGGAGUGUGUCAUUUACAGAUGAAAAUGUUUCCAAUCAGGACCUGCGUGCCUUUACUGCUCCUGAGGUGCUUCAAGCCAAGUCACUUUCCUCACUUGCAGACAUUGAAAAGAUUCACAUUUAUUCACUUGGAAUGACGUUGUACUGGGGAGCAGAUUAUGAAGUACCUCAAACCCAGCCUAUAAAGCUUGGGGAGCGUCUAAACAGCAUUUUACUUGACAUGUGUGAGGAUCAGCCGUUGACCAGAUUGACCAUCCGCACAGUCUUGGAUGGUUGUAGUGCCCAUGUCAGAAACAGCAACUGCCUACCCUCGUUCUACUACAUUAAGCAGCUGGUGAAACUGGUUCUUGGCAGUCUCUCUGGGAUUGAUCAGCUGGGUGGCAAAGCAAAGGAACCUGAUCGCAGUCAGGCCAUUCGUGACAGACUGAGGGGCAAAGGUCUUCCCACAGGACGAAGCCUAGCUCUGGAUGGACUUGAUGUUGAGUCUAAUCGGACCAUGCACCAGCCUUUCCUGAAUAAAGGACUCAGCAAAUCCAUGGGGUUUCUUGCAUUUAAUGAUCAACAAUUUGAGGAGGACUCAUUACAUUAUACAUCAUCCGAUUACAAUUCUGGGUACGAAGAUACUUUUAACCCUGGUUACCAUUAUCCCCAAAUCAAACACAAUGAGGUAGCAGCACAGAACAGUAGUAAUGACCAAAGGAAAAAGAAUUGGGCAUCAUCAUUUGAUUUGUCCUCCGUUACUACAGACCAAGCAACAGAGAGAGACAUUUGUACCGCUGAUCAUUACAAGUCAAAUUGCAAUGCAGUUUCUAUGAAUGUAAGGACUACAACCUUGCCUGUAAUGGUGGACCAGCUGCACAAUUAUAGGAGCCCAUCCAGUGAUACUUUGAGUUAUCAGGCUCGACAUGGUCCAGAAGUGCCAACUUCCAUUGCCAUUUCAAGUGCCUUGGACAGGAUUCGAGAAAAACAAAAGAAACUGCAAGUACUGAGGGAAGCAAUGAGCAUAGAAGAACCCCACAGAUUACCCAAGUCCUCACACAGCGAUGCUUAUAGCACAUCCAGUGAAAGCAUGUCUAUUGUGUCCUCAGACCCAGAAUUUAGACAAGGGAGAAAAAGCGAAGGAGUGAGGAGAUAUGACACAGCAGGAGUCAAUGCAGAAGAAGUAGGAAAUCGCUUACAGUUAUCUGGAUUGAGCAACCAAUACGAAAACCCAGUAGACGGCAUCAAUAUCAGCCAAGAAAUGCGGAAACGUCAAGAAGAGGACAUGAUCCAAAUGCAAACCAGAAUGGCCAUACGACAAUCGCGGCUAAAUCUGUACUGUAGUGAUCUGCCACGAGCAUCCAUGCUGGACAUCACCAGGGAUCCUCUGAGAGAUAUUGCUGUGGAAACCGCAAUGACGCAGAGAAAGCUUAGGAAUUUCUUUGGCCCAGAGUUUGUGAAAAUGACAGUUGAACCUUACAUCUCAUUGGACCUCCCGCGAUCUAUCAUGGCCAAAAAGGGGAAGUCAGAUGAGAACCGCAGAAAACUGAACAUCAUUCUUCUAAGUGGACAGAGACUAGAAUUGACUUGUGACACAAAGUCCAUUUGUAAAGAUGUCUUUGACAUGGUUGUGGCACACAUUGGACUAGUUGAGCACCACUUGUUUGGCUUGGCAGUUCUAAAAGAGCAUGAAUUCUUUUUUAUUGAUCUUGAUGCAAAGCUGUCUAAAGUGGCUCCUGAUGGUUGGAAAGAGGAUGUGAAAAAGAAAGGCAAAUCUGCUGUUAAUUUUACUUUGUAUUUCCGGGUCAAGUUUUUUGUGGAUGACAUUAGCCUUAUACUACACAGCCUCACUUGCCACCAGUACUACCUGCAGCAGAGGAAGGACAUCCUGGACGAGAGACUGCACUGCGAUGAUGAGGCAGCCUUGCUCCUGGCAUCUCUGGCUCUUCAAGCAGAAUAUGGGGACUACAAACCAGAUGUUCACGGUAUGGCCUACUUUAAAAUGGAACAUUACCUGCCUGCUAGAGUGAUCGAGAAACUGGAUCUCUCCUACCUGAAGGAAGAAUUGCCCAGACUACACAGUACCUACUCAGGAGCUUCUGAAAACGAAACUGAGCUUGAAUUCCUUAAAGUGUGCCAGAGGCUCGCAGAGUACGGCAUUCACUUCCACAGAGUGCAGCCUGAAAAGAAGUCCCAGACUGGCAUCCUUCUAGGCGUGUGUCCUAAAGGGGUGCUCAUCUUUGAGCUCCAUAAUGGGACCAGGACUCCAGUGCUCCGAUUCCCAUGGAGAGAAACAAAGAAGAUCUCUUUCACUAAGAAAAAAAUAAGUUUGCAGAACACAUCAGAUGGCAUCAAGCAUGUUUUCCAGACAGACAGCAGCAAAACCUGCCAGUACCUCCUACACCUCUGCUCUUCCCAGCACAAGUUCCAGUUACAGAUGAGAGCCAGACAAAACAGUCAGGAAAAUCAAGAUAUUGAAAGAGCUUCUUUAAGGAGUCUGAACAUCCAAGCAGACUCUCUCCGUGGACAUACCAUGGCUCGGGCCAUUAGCACAACCAGUCUGGCUAGCAGCACAUUGAAUAGGAUGGCCAUACGUCCUGUAUCCAUCCAACCUGACCUUCUAAAGAGACUUUCCUGUUCAGACCUGUCAGGACUUCAAACCCACUUUGGCAAUGGACCAAAAGAAAUAAAGACAAAAACCUCAUGGGAUGAUAAGCCUCGUAUCAUAAGUAAAUCUUAUCAUGACCUAAGCCAGGUUUCUCAGUCAUUUCAACAGCGAAUGCUCCACACCAGGAUGGACAACCCACCCAAUACAUUGGAGGAACUAAUGAGUAAAGCGUCAUUUCAUCAAGUGCCAAAGUCAGACGCGGAGUCAGUGACUGCGUAUGGGAAGCUAAACGAAUCUAGAUCCUUUACUGGCCUAAACAGGAGCCUUGACCUGAGGAAACCUGAAUCUGAUUCCUCCUCAAUGGAUGACAGUGGGCAAGCCUAUGUUGUAGGUGUCAGCAUGCACAGUCCUAGGACUCCGUCGUCACCCAUGCUCUAUAAAGGAAACGAAUCUCUGCAGAGCAAAAUUGGCCCUCCGUCAGCUCCUGAACCUGAGAUCACAUUGGUGAAGCUGAAGAAAGACCCCAAGUAUGACCUUGGAUUUCACAUCGUGGGAGGAGACGCAUCAGGAAAACUAGAUCUGGGGAUAUUUAUUAGCUCAAUCACCCCUGGAGGACCGGCAGAUGUAGAUGGACUUCUAAAACCAGGUGACCGUUUGAUAUCUGUGAAUGGCAUAAGCUUAGAGGGUGUCAGUCACCAGACAGCCUUAGACAUUCUCCAGGGUUCCCCUGAAGAGGUCUCUCUACUUGUUUCACAACCAAAGGAAAAACUUCCCAAAGGGUACCUUCUCAAUGGAUCAAAAAAUUGGAGACAAUUUCCUGUUAAAGAGAAUGAUCCAGAGUCCUCAUCAGAGGAACACAACAGGAUACAAAGUCCCUCAACUCCCUCCAGACUGAUCUCUGGCAGCUUAUUUGGGAUGUCUGGCAAACGAGAAGGAAGCCUGAGUUCGCAAGAUUCUCGUACAGAAAGUGCGAGUCUCUCUAACAGCCACAUCAAUGGCUUAAACAUCAAUAACCCAUUGAGGGACAAUGUACAACCUCAGUCACACAAUGCCAGAAACGUAUUAUCAGACAGUUCUAGAGUUGGAGACAAAAAGAGGACUCCGUCCGAUAACGGUACAGCAAAGGGGAAGAGACCUGGUUUGAAAGAAUCCACCGAUUAUUCAGACAGGGGUGACUCUGACAUGGAUGAGGCAACAUAUUCAAGUAGCCAUGAGCAGAAGACCAAAAAGGAAUAUAUUUCAGAGAGUCAACCGCAGACAUUAAAUAGUAACAAGCUCCCGACAACACCACUAAAGCCAGGAGAGGUCUACACUGUGGUGCUAACCAAGAAAGAUGACAGCUUGGGAAUAAGUGUCACGGUACUGUUUGACAAGGGUGGGGUAAAUACAAGUGUAAAGCAUGGUGGCAUAUACGUAAAGGCAGUAAUACCAAAUGGCACAGCUGAGGCUGAUGGACGAAUUCAAAAGGGUGACCGUGUCCUUUCUGUUAAUGGAACAAGUCUGGAAGGAGCUACUCAUAAGCAAGCUGUGGAGGCAUUGAGAAAUACAGGACAGGUAGUAACUCUACUUCUAGAAAAGGGUCAUCUGCCGGCUACUGUUGUCCAUGCUCCAGUUACUCCUCAGUGCACUCCUCCAAAUCAAACGGAGACAGACAGACCACAAGAUACGAAGCCAAAUCUAAUCUCAGACUAUAGCUUUGUAACAGAAGAAAAUACAUUUGAAGUCAAAUUGUUGAAAAAUAGUUCUGGCCUGGGUUUUAGCUUUUCCCGAGAAGAGCUCCUUAUUCCAGGACAGGCUGUAUCUAGCUUAGUGCGGGUCAAGAAGCUCUUCCCUGGGCAGCCUGCUUCGGAAAGUGGCAAAAUAAAUGUAGGGGAUGUGAUUCUGAAGGUCAACGGAGCCACGCUGAAUGGAAUAUCUCAACAGGAGGUGAUUUCAAAUUUGAGAGGUACAUCACCAGAAGUUACCCUAUUGAUGUGCAGGCCCCCCGUAGGAGUUUUACCGGAUAUCAACCCUUUGAUAGGGGCACCAUUAAAUUCUCCACAGCAGUCCUUCCCUGAGGCAAGUCGGCUCAUAACAGAAUGUCCUCAGUCACCAAAGCAUGAUGACAGCUCAGAUGAAAAUGAAGACACCACAGACAGAAACUUUAGGAGGCCAAAGAAUCCUUCUCGAAGGGAUAGCUAUAGUGACAGCAGUGAGACAGGUGAAGAAGACUUUGUACCCGUGCCAGAUGAAAGGCCAGUAUCUGCAUGGAAUCCAUCGCUUUACCGGACACCAAGUAGCAUGAUGGUUCCACCUCAGGAUGGUCAGCGUGAAACUCCAGGAAUCCAGGAAGAGUCCAUCCGUACUAGCUUUUACACACCACAAGAAUCGCCCAGCAAGCCAGAAUUUGAAGACAGCAACCCUCCGUCUCCGGUUCCUUUUGAUAUGACACCAACAAAUAGUGGAACUGUACCUCAAAUCAUACUUUCAGAAGCUUACUGUGAGCCAAAACCAACCCAAGAGGACAUGUUAUCCAUGAAAAGUUUAGAUUUGAAAGACCUUGAGGAUUUUGAACCAGAAGUGGAGCUUCAUGUCACACUGACUAAAUCUGCAAAGGGAAGCCUUGGUUUCACUGUGACUAAAGCCAAUGAUAGUCUUGGCUGCUAUGUCCAUGACAUUAUUCAAGAUCCUGCCAAAAGUGAUGGACGGCUACAACCCGGAGACAGGCUUAUCAAAGUGAACAAUGUAGAUGUCACCAACAUGACUCACACGGAAGCCGUGCAGUUACUGAGAGCAGCCCCAAAGACCGUUCGCCUCAUUCUUGGCCGUGUCCUUGACAUCCCCAAACCUCAAGUGCCAUCUCAACUACUGCCUGACAUUACUCUGACAUCCAGCAAAGGAGAUCUGGGUCUGUGUUUAUCAGGAGGUCCUGAUAGCCUUUCUCAGGUUAUUUACAUAGAAAAUAUCAAGCCAGGCUCUGUAGGAGAUCAAGAAGGAAGCUUAAAACCACUAGACAUUCUGCACUACAUUAAUGGGAUCAGCACAUUAAACAUGACUCUAGAUGAGGCAAGGAGAGCCCUGGAAUCUUCUGUACCUACUGUUACCUUAAAAGCCACAAGAGAUGGAAACCCGGUUGUUCCUGCUAACAAAGACAUAUUCAGUUCAAGCGCAGUUUCUACAAAAAUAAACGGUUAUCUUUGCGGUGAACGUUUAAAUCGGGUGGAGGAUCUAUCUGAUGUUUGCAUUUCAGAGGCAGGAGUAGUUCAAGUGGUUUUGGAAAAGCCUGUCUCUGGAGAAUUGGGAUUUUCCUUAGUAGGAGGAGAAUAUGGUAUAUUUGUGAAGUCCAUCAGUCCCGGGAGUGUAGCUGCCAUAGAGGGGAGUUUACAGGUUGGAGACAGAUUGCUUCAGGUAAAUGGAGAAAGUAUGAUAGGUGCCACACACUCUAAAGCUGUGUCAACUAUUCGCAAUGCAAAGGGAUUUGUGCAGAUGGAUGUGGCACGAGAAGCCAUGCCAAAGGAUAUUACAUCUAGUGUUAAACAUUGUAAUGGAAAUUUAGAUCCUGAAACCAGUCAAAACUAUGGGGAUGACGAAGAUGAUCAGAAUGAUGUCAUCCAGUCUCUUCUUGAUGUUGUCCAUGAAGAAACACAGAACCUCCUGCAACUAAAAAGGCAGAAUGCACUGAUAGAGGAGCCUGUAUCAGAGGUACCAAAUGAUGAACUGUCAUUUGAGAAGGCAGAGGACACAGACUGUGAUGGUUCUUCGUUACCUGAUGACUCUCCUGAGGCAACAAAAGUUAAUGGCAUUGCGUCCUGCAGUAGUGAGACACAUGGAAGAUCACCAGGAAAAACACACUUGGAGAAAACAGAUGAGGAUGAUAUAACAUGGGGAAGUGAUGAUCUAACCAUGAGGUCCCAAGAGCUCUCUGAUUAUUUCAACGUGACAAAUGCAGAGCUUUCCUCCCUACCAUAUGUGAAAGUACAUCCCUCGGGCAGGUAUAGCGGAUCCAGCCUAAAUCAAAUCAUAUGUCAGAUUCAUAGCAUGAUUGAUCAAGGAAGGCCCUUGAAGGAAUUUGAGGGUCUCCAAAAUUUAAUGCCUUUGGAUAAAUGUGUCAUUGGACAAACUAAAGAAAACAGAAGAAAAAACAGAUACAAGAAUAUACUUCCAUAUGAUGCCACAAGAGUCCCUAUUGGAACAGAAGAGGGAUACAUCAAUGCAAGUUUUAUCAAGAUGCCUGUUGGCAAUAAAGAGUUUGUUUAUAUAGCGUGUCAGGGACCUCUUCCUAGUACAGUGUCAGACUUUUGGCAGAUGGUAUGGGAACAGAAUUCUACCAUUAUUGCUAUGAUGACCCAAGAGACUGAAGGAGGGAAGAUAAAAUGCCAACGUUAUUGGCCUGAUGAUACAGGAAGACCACAAAUGAUAUGUAACCAACUACAACUUACCUUGGUGAAAAUGCAGCAACUGGACGGCUUUGUUUUACGAAUUAUGGAGUUACAAGAUGUUCAGACUGGGGAAGCAAGACACAUUGCACAUUUGAACUUCACUGCCUGGCCUGACCAUGACACUCCAACUGAUCCAAACCAGUUGCUCACUUUCAUCUCCUACAUGAGACAUAUCUACAGGUCAGGGCCCAUCGUUACUCACUGCAGUGCGGGCAUUGGACGUUCUGGGACACUUAUAUGUAUAGAUGUGAUGUUGGGCCUAAUCAGUAAAGAUCUAGAGUUUGACAUUUCAGAGUUGGUGCACGCAAUGAGACUCCAGAGACAUGGAAUGAUACAAACAGAGGGGCAAUAUAUUUUCUGCUAUCAAGUUAUCCUGUAUAUUCUUAAAAGACUGCAAGCAAAAGAACACCAGAAAAGCAGUUAAAGUGCAUCCAGUGAAAUAUUAUAAUACCACUUGUGAUGUGUUAAAACCUUUUGGGGUAUUAGUCCAUCCUAUGUGUUCCUACGUUAUGGCAGAGUAAAGAGAGCCAACUCCCAUGAUGCCCUGACAGCACCUUAACAGAAAAAUAAAUGUGCCUUUGGCUGACCGAGUAUCAUGGAAAAGAUAUUCCAUAGCAGCUUGUUGGCUACCACUGUUGUAAAGGAACCAACCUGGCACAGAGAAACAGCAGUUACGUUAUCUUGUAUACUGAUUGUGUUAAAGUCUUUGUAUACACUAGCUAAUUAAUAUUAAUGAACAAGAGCUGUGUUAAUGCAGCUUACUUAUGACAGUCACAGCUGGAAUUAAUUAAAAAAAAGGUUGCCAAGAGUAGAUUUCCGUAGCUGCAUGUCUGAUAUAUGGCAGACGGGAGGGGGGGGGGGAUAAAGACAGUAUUUUAAUACAGUGAAAUUGUUACAAGGGUAUGCACAUGUUUAAUAGCCCUGUAGGCAUGUAUAUGCGCAGUUAUGGUUUUCAAGUGUUUUCAAAAGUUGGUUUUUGAAGGAAUACUUGAAACCAGUAUUUAAAAGUGUCAGAACAGAUGAAUUUCUAUAGACCAAAAAUUAGUAAAUAUAUUGUAAUUAUUGCAUACAUUUCAUAAUGUUUAAUUAUAGAUUUUUAUGUACUAUUUAUAUACUUUUUACAAAGAACAGUGUGCCUGACUGUGUACUUGGGCAUUUCCUCCUCUAUUUUGUAAAUAAUAAAAGAACACUUUACUCUUU